CCUUCAAACGGUUUACCCCUGCUCGAGGAAGAUGGUCUUUGUGCUACGAACAAAUCUUAUGCAAAAGUGUUGUAAUAAAACAAGUGUUACAGCGUCAUUUAUAAUUUUUGUUUUGUUGGUGAGCGUUUACCAAGAGGAUAAUGUUAAGGAGAGUGACAAAGAUGGUGAAAUAUAUAGUGAGGAGGCUGGUGAGCAGAGGAGAGGACCACUUGUUUACAGUGGAGAAACAGGCCAGACAGGUGUGUCAGUAAACAGGUGUCGCUCCCUCUUCACCAUCACUGGGGUGCCAGAUGAAAAAACACUUUUCGCGGCUCACCUGCUGCAAUAUCCUGCAGACAACAGCAGCUUGACGAGCGACAGGUGGACGCCGCUACACCCUCGGGGGGACCAACACCUGUCAGCGGGUGUCAAAGGGGUGAGACACCUGCUGCAGAAGAGGUCGUCGUCGUCAGGAGCUUCCACCGAGGAUUACCGCAGUCUGGCGGCGCUGCUUCCUACACUCUUAACCUUUGAACACAACACUAACAAGAGUCAAGAGGAUGACCAGAGGAUGGAAGGUCAAACACCCAUCCUCCGCCUCAACAGUAGGAUUGAUGCCAACGGCGGAGUGUUGCCCUACGUGCCCUGUGCCAUAGUGCCCUUUGACCACCCACCCUCCGUCACCGCCUGCUUCGCCCACAGACUCAAGAACAACAAUUCCUUCUGGAUCGCUUUUAUGGGCGAUUCAAAAAUCAGGGCAUUGUUUUUUGAGUUUCUUCAGAGAACCGACAGUGAAUAUCGGUACCUAAUCCACCUUCUGAACACAACCAUGAGCUACGAGGAGAUGAGGAGGACCACCUUUAAGCUACACACCGACAUGGAGGCCGCCACAUCUGUACACCCGCGCCUCCGUGUCUCCUUCAGGUCUGGCGGGAGUGUUUACUAAUGUUGGGAUGGUGCCUCAUGGUUACUGAGUGAUGUUAAAAUUAUGCUGGGAAUGUUUUAAUGGUUAAUUUUACAAUAUGUGUCAUAUAUGUGAUG